AUGGCUGGGAAGCCCCCCUGGAAGAAGGCUGCCCACCUGGCGAGGGGAAGGGCUGGGCAGCCUCGCCUGCUGUCGAGCAGGUUGAACCACACGCAGACGUUCCUGCUGGCCAUUUGGGCACAGGAAGGGGGCCCAGCUUUCUCAGUGCAGAGUCCGGGAAUGGCCGUGUUCAAGCAACAGAAGGUCGAGGACCUGUAUGACAUCGGGGAGGAGCUCGGCAGCGGGCAAUUUGCCAUUGUGAAGAAAUGCCAGGAGAAGGCCACGGGGCUGGACUACGCAGCCAAGUUUAUCAAGAAGCGGCAGAGCCGGGCCAGCCGCCGUGGGGUGAGGCGCGAGGAAAUUGAGCGGGAGGUGAACAUCCUGCGGCAGAUUCUGCACACCAACAUCAUCCAGCUGCACGAGGUUUACGAGAACAAAACCGACGUGGUCCUCAUCCUUGAGCUAGUAUCUGGAGGAGAACUUUUUGAUUUCCUGGCCCAGAAGGAGUCGCUGAGUGAGGAAGAGGCCACACGGUUCAUUAAGCAGAUCCUGGAUGGGGUCCACUACCUGCAUACCAGGAAGAUAGCCCACUUUGACUUAAAGCCUGAAAAUAUUAUGCUGCUUGACAAGAACCUUCCCAUCCCGCACAUAAAACUGAUUGAUUUUGGUCUGGCCCAUGAAAUAGAAGAUGGAGUGGAGUUUAAAAAUAUUUUUGGGACGCCGGAAUUUGUAGCUCCAGAAAUAGUGAAUUACGAGCCACUCGGGCUGGCAGCUGAUUUGUGGAGCAUUGGAGUCAUCACUUAUAUACUGCUCAGUGGUGCUUCUCCAUUCCUUGGAGAGACCAAACAGGAGACCCUGGCUAACAUUACUGCUGUCAGCUAUGAAUUUGAUGAAGAAUUCUUCAGCCACACCAGCGACCUGGCAAAAGAUUUUAUCCGGAAACUUCUGGUGAAAGAUACACGGAAACGACUUUCAAUCCAGGAAGCGCUCAGGCAUCCCUGGAUCACGUCCAGAGAAGGCACAGAAGUCCAAGACAACACAUGGGCUGAGAACAGGCCGCUGGAGACCAAGUGGCUGAGAGAGUACACCAUCAAGAGCCACUCAAGCAUCCCUCCUAACAACACCUACGUCACCUUUGAGCGCUUUGCCCACCUGGUGGAGGAGGUCUCCGGGAUGGAGGAGAGCUUUGGCGUCCUGGUGCUGUCCCACGGUUCCCUGCAGGAGGACAUUGAAACCCUGGUUUCCAUCUACAACGAGAAGGAAGCUUGGUACAAGGAGGAGCACGAAAACGUGAAGCACCAGCUUUCCCAGCUGAAGUACGAGUAUCGCAAGAUUGGAUCCGCGAAGAAGCACCUGAAAGACGACGUCCGGGCGGUGGGGGCCAACCUCGCUGGGGUCACGGGGAGGUAUCUUGACCUGCAGGCACACUACGAGCUGCUGAGCAAGGAGCUGUCGGAAGAACUCCGGUGGAUCCAAGACUUGACGGGCAGCUUUUGGCCGGAGGGGACGGGCGAGGGCCACGCGCCGGCGGACUUUGGCUGCGUCUUCCACAAGGACAUCAAUGACUCUCUGAUGCAGCUGCUAAACAGAUCGUGCUGUGAAGAAUUCCUGGCAGCCUUAAACCUGGGCAUGACAAAAUCAAGUCAGUGAGGCUGCUGAAAAUGCAGUUUGGAUGGAAAUAUUUAGGCUGACUUGGUCAGGAACCAUCUUGACGGGAGCUUGCUCCCAUUCAGGAGGCCUGCCUGCUAAACUCACGUGUCGGUUUAUUUAUUUUUAACAAACAUUAUUUGACAGAUGCCUGUUACCGUUGUGUUUUUUGUCCCCGUGAAAAUAUGUCAGAGUGGAGAUGCCUUGGGGUUGUGGAUGUUGCCUGCCAUGGUUGCAUUCCAAUGAAUUUCUAAUAAGGCUUGCUUUGCAUUUUUUUAAAAGCCUGCCCUAUUUUUAGCCUUUGGAAGACGGCCUUAGCUUACCUCCACAACAGAAGACCUCCUCCAUACUUGGUUGCAGAUCAGCAUCCUUAAAAGCUUUUAUUUAUCACUGGGCUGCAGCAAUAAAGAGGCAUUGAUUUUCUUUUGCUUUGAAAUUCUACCCAGAAGUAUUUUUUAAUAACGAUGGAGUUAAAUGUGCAGUCCGCUGCUCUGCAAAGCACUCUCUGCAGGCAUUCUGGCUGAAGUAAGCCUGGUGAAUCCGUUCGAGAAUAAAUGGAGGAUUCUGAAUAAAUUUGCACAGAUCCACGUCUUCUCAGACAGGCUGCGUAAGGCAGGGCCUUCAGCCUGGACAUUCAUCUCACUCCAUAUAAAUAAACCAUCUCAGCCCAGUUAAGACAUUAAAUCUCUCUGGACUGUGAGAACUAGUUUCUUUUUUAUACAGAUGAUUCAGAAAUGAAAGAGGGAGGUGACACGGAAGAUGCAUUUCUGGUUUGCUGUUUUGCUGCUCUUGUUCAGAUUGCAUUCAUUCUGCCAACUCUGUAACUGAUCUCAGAGAUCAGGACCCAAUAAAUAUGUGUUUAAUGCA